GAGCCACAAAUAGCCACAGUACCAUACAGCAAAACAACCUUAUUCCUAUAAUUUCGUCCUGACGCAUAGAGUUAGUAAAUAGCUCGAAGGCGGUGGGGAGUCCACUCAGGGAUGUCGAAAAUCUUGAGCGAAUAAAACACAUAGCUCCUUGCUUUCACCUCAAACAAAAUGAUUCGCGCGCCCGCCCGUCCACCAUCGAAGCGCGAGCCUAUUGCUAACUAAAACCGUCGAACAACGGACGCGGGCAAAUUUAAAAAUCGAACGUAAAAAAUAAGCCACUAUUUAAAUAAAAUAAAACAAAAAUAUUUAAUAAAUAAGUGAGUUUAGAAAAUCGAACGUUCAGUGAAAAAUGGAUUGUUUGAAGCAGUAAAAAAGUUUCGGAUUUUAUUUUUUUGUAAAUUCAUUUUGUUAGUUUUUAAUUUAGAAAUUAAUUAUUAACAAAAAUGAAAAUGGCCGACCGUUGUGUAUUGUCGCUGUUGAUGUUAUGUUUGACUGUAAUAUGCCACACUGGAGAAGCUGCGGAAAACGAAAAUGCUACGCCUAUCCCUGAAUACAUCAUACCGUGCAGUCAAAGCGAUCCUCACCUAGACAACUGCAUCAAGAACUCGUUCAACCACCUGCGGCCAUACCUGUCCCGCGGUAUCCCAGAACUUGGGGUACCUCCUGUGGAGCCGCUCUUCAUCGACCGCCUGGUCAUGGAGAACGAAGCCGGCCCCGUCAGGGUCACCGCAGCCUUCAACAACAUCACUGUCGUCGGACCCAGUAAUUAUAACAUCACGAAAAUCAGGUCUGAUCUGAAGAAGCUGCGUAUCGACAUGGGUAUCGUGCUGCCUCGCAUCGAGAUCACGGGAAAGUACGAGGUGUCGGGGCAAGUGCUGCUGUUCCCCGUCAGGUCGCAUGGAGACUUCUGGGCUUCCUUCGGCGAUGUCGUGGCCAUCGCGAAGAUCUUCGGCAAGGAGACGGAGCGGGAGAACGUCAAGUACAUGUUGGCGGACAGGCUGCUGGUGGACUUCAAACUCAGGACCUCGCGGUUCAAGGUGCGGGAUACUGUCAACCAUGGGAGUGUUAUUGGUGAAGCUAUGAACCAGUUCCUGAACAACAAUGCAGCUGAGAUCAUUGAGGAGAUGCGUCCAGCAGCGGCCGCGUCCAUCGCGAAGCACUUCCAGGCGUUCGUGAACACCGCCUUCUCCAAGAUCCCCAUCGAUGUGUGGCUCACGCGCUAGACUGUGAGUGACGUCUUAGUCAUAGGGUUCUACUUAAGAAUUAUGUUGUGAGUUCAUUAGAUGUGUCGAAUGUUUGAAAUUUUUCUGGAUUUUUUUGAGAUCACUGCAGAAGAUUUUUU